AUGCCCAUCUGUAUCGAAUGCCGGCACCCGGUGAAGACACUAUGGACCAAAUACUCCAAUGCGGACGACAAGUCAAGCGGCCACAACAUUCGCUUGACCGUUUGUAGGAACUGCGGCCAGUUCUGCGACAAGUACGUGGAGCACGAUUUCGUCGUGCUCUUCAUCGACCUCGUCUUGAUCAAGCCUCAGGUCUACCGCCAUUUACUCCACAACACACUGAUGAAAGACGACGACCGCUUUGAUUCUUCCAUCGUCCGGCUGGGCGUGCUUUUGCUACUCUUCGACGUUUACCUGACUUGGGCCCGCAUUGAGAAGCAAACUGGUCCUAUGUCGGCCCAAGACGAGGGCGCAAACCUAGGAAGUCUGACGCAGCAGUCAAUCGUGUCGCAAUACAUGUUUUUCCUCAUACUCUGUGCUCUAUCGACCGUCGCCUUUCACGUGAGCAUCCGCUUCAUGACCUCGUCGACACUCUCCCCGCUCAGCAUGUUCAAUAUCUUGCCUCGUUAUUCUCGUCCCAAUUCCGUAUCGACCGCACUCCUUGUCUCUUCCUCGACCAAGCUCUUUCCCAUUCUUAUGGUUAUAUGGCAGUACGACGUGCCGGCUGCUGCGCGAUCGCUCGGGUGGGCCGUUGUUGCGAACAAUGUUGAGGCUCUUCGGAUACUUUUGGACUGCGGCUAUGGAGUCGCCACGCUGCUGGCCACCACCGGUGCUCUCGCGCGGUGGUCAGUAGGGCGUGGUAUUCUCUGGGCUGCCGGGUUGGAUGGUGUUGAUUCUAUCGGGGAGACGAGCAUUGCCGCAGAUGGUAAGGCUCUCUGGGCUCUGCUUAUAUAG